GCAGAGUUCCUCCAAAGUACAAAUACACACAGAGCUCCCAUUGUUUGCAGCCCUUCACAAGCCCACUGAUCCUAAUAUGGAAUUCAGCAGGAAACCCAUGAUUUCCUGACACACAGCAAGCUGGAGAAAGAAAGGAAAAACUCCAUUAAAAACCUCCAGGCUCUCCUCCAUGUUAGAAAUGAAAUGGAAAAUGGAGUGGAUUUAACAGGAAUCCCUGAUUCCUGCAGCCAAGCUGGAGGAAGGGAAACGCGAAUCAAAGCUGCAGGCUGCUGAUAUUUUUUAAGUCGCAAUAAAUACUGAGAACUCCCAAGCAGGAUGAAGAUUUCCUGACUCUGACGAGUAAGAAGGGACAGAUAGCUUUUUAAUGAUAUUUCUCUCUGUAUAUUUAAUUUAUUCACCUCGAUGAUUCUCUUUACUGAUCUGGUAAUUGUUAGAAGUGGCUGUGACAGCCUGGAAACAUUAGUAUGAUUUCCUGAGUUUGAGAUUUGCUGCCCCCCCCCCCCCCCCCAUCAAACUCAGGAAAAGUCAAUACAAUCGCACUUCAUUUUUCCUUCAUGUGCACUUGGAAGUCCUGGGAGAAGCAAGAGCAGCGGCAGCAGCAGCAACAGCAAGAAUGAACUGCAAGGAAAAUGACAACUGCACUGACGGGAGCAGCAAUAACGCGAAGAAGAUGUUAAAAUGUGUGGUGGUUGGGGAUGGUGCAGUUGGGAAAACCUGUUUGCUGAUGAGUUAUGCCAAUGAUGCCUUCCCAGAGGAGUAUGUCCCCACUGUGUUUGACCACUAUGCAGUAACUGUGACUGUGGGAGGACAACAACACUUGCUGGGACUUUAUGACACUGCAGGGCAGGAGGACUACAACCAGCUGAGACCCCUGUCCUACCCUAACACCGACGUCUUCUUGAUCUGCUUCUCGGUGGUGAACCCCGCCUCGUAUCACAACGUCCAGGAGGAGUGGGUGCCCGAGCUGAAAGUCUGCAUGCCCAACGUGCCUUACGUCCUCAUAGGAACACAGAUCGAUCUUCGGGAUGAUCCCAAAACUUUGGCUCGGCUGCUUUACAUGAAGGAGAAACCACUCACCUACGAGCAUGGAGUGAAGCUAGCAAAGGAGAUUGGAGCACAAUGUUAUCUGGAGUGCUCAGCCCUCACACAGAAAGGCCUUAAGACUGUCUUCGAUGAGGCAAUCCUGACCAUUUUCCAUCCCAAGAAGAAGAAGAAGCAUUGUGCAAAGUGCCAUAGGUGCUGCAUCCUUGUGUGAAGUCACUUGGAAAGAAAAGAGAGAUGAGUUCAAUUGAAACAAAGGUUAGAAAGGCAAUGAAGGUCACAUGAAACUGAAAUGCAGAACAUGACCAGAAAGGGGUCUUUCUUUACCCAAAUAUAGGAGCCCUCUGUUCUGUGAAACCUCCAAGUUGAAUCACACUAGGCCAACUCAUGUCUAUGUGCUUUCCUAACCCUCCAGAGCUGUACGCAGCCUGCUCCCACCACUGCAGACUGCACUGAGCCAACAGAAACCAGGGUGCCUGCUCCUGCUUGACUCUUCAAUUUAGGAAUAAGGUGAAGGUGGCAUGUGGAAAAAAAGUUCUAAAGGUGGUGAAAGAAACAAGAGAAACUCCAUUUCUGGCCUUAAGCAAGAAUCAAUCAAAAUUAGGAAUUUGCAGUACUUAGGGAUUGAAUCUGAAUUGACUGAAAGCACAUGAUCUGUAGAAAUCUAAUAUGUAAGAUAUACACUAUAGGUAGGGUGUACUUUUUAACUACUUUUCUUUUAUAAGACCCACUAGUUCAGGAUAUGCUUUAGUUUGUUCAAAUCGCAUGGAAGCAAAAGUGGAGCGAUUCCAAUUUGUUUUCACUUAAUGGUGAAACCUCACAGCAUCAGAAUGUUGCUGCACCCAAGCAAUCAAAAUGGAUCAACAUUUACCUCCAGACUUAAGGAAUGUUCUUAUAACAAAAAAAAAUGCAAAUAACUGUAUUUUUACAGGGGAAUGUUCAGGCUGAGCCAUGUUUCCAUAAGCUGGGAAAGGAAGAACAGAGUUGUAGCAUUAAUGUACUGAAACAAAGAAAGUCUACCACCAAAGAAUAUAGCCCUGGACAUGAAAUAGCAGCAUGGAACCAUCUCCCUUCCAAACUGAGAACACGAAUGAGACACAUUGCCAUGGCAACUGAAAAUUUACCUUAUAGAUCAGCUGGGUUUCUACAUCUCACCCAGCAGACAAGAACAGCAAAAGCCAAAAUGCCAAAGGUCAUGCUGACUUCAAGUGCUUUAAGGUGAUCCAAAUGCCUUAAGAUUUUUUUUUCUUUUAAUGGAGUAUCUCAUGUAAAAAAACCUAUCAAAGUUGAGAUGUAAACAUGUUGAUUUAUUGUAGCCUUCUUCCCCCCAUUCAUUACUUCCUUCUUUGCUCCCAUUUUUCCAUCUUCAUUACUGUGGGUGCUGUUUAAGUUGCAGCCCGGCUGCAGUCAGCAGGAGGGAACUUUCACAAAAGUCAC